ACAAUCCUUCCGUUUAUUGGAUACGAUGUAAACCAAUAGAGAAACGAGAUUUGACCAAUGUCGAAGAUAGUUGUUUUGAUGUUUUGAAAUUCGUGUUCUUAUCGAUAUCAUCAAAUAUUUGCUGUUUGCCGAAAGAUGUCUGGUCGUGGUAAAGGCGGAAAAGUAAAAGGAAAGAGCAAGACUCGAUCCAGCCGUGCAGGUUUACAAUUUCCAGUCGGCAGAAUUCAUCGUUUGCUACGAAAAGGUAAUUAUGCGGAAAGAGUAGGUGCUGGCGCCCCUGUCUAUUUAGCUGCUGUAUUAGAGUAUUUAGCCGCCGAAGUAUUGGAAUUGGCAGGAAAUGCUGCACGAGAUAACAAAAAGACUCGUAUUAUACCUCGUCAUCUUCAAUUGGCAGUAAGAAACGAUGAAGAAUUGAAUAAAUUACUGUCUGGAGUAACUAUUGCCCAAGGUGGAGUCCUUCCAAAUAUUCAAGCUGUUUUGCUUCCCAAGAAGACCGAAAAAUAAUCUAAUAUUUACACAACAAAGGUCCUUUUAAGGGCCAAAACAUGAUGUUAAAGAGUAGCUAAAUCGUAUAUUAAAUUUUACUUUCCAUAUUUAUUUUUAAAAUAUUAAAAGUUGUAUAGAAUAAAAUACUGUAUGUUAAAAUAAAAUCUUGUAUGUGGUCAAAGAGAUUUGUAAUUUGAUUUUUAUAUAA